AUGCUGCUAUGCGUUGUCAUUCAAGGUGUGACAUUGAUCAACGCGAACAUAACACCCCAUUGGCAUCAACGAAAAAUGCACGUUCUAGCGCCAAUUGUCGCCCUUUUUCUGCUGGCAACAACGGCUUUUGCCCAGGUUUUCGAUGCCGAGUUCAUUCGAGAAAACCUGCCCUCUCUGUCUCGAUCCAAGGGUGUCAUUCGACUCAAUGACCAGAACUUCCAGAAGCUUGUCGGUGGACCCCGAGACUACCACUUUGUCGUGCUUCUGACGGCUGAGGCUGCCCAAUUCGGCUGCCAUCUCUGUAAGGAGUUUGGUCCCUCCUUUGAUCUUCUGGCUGCAUCCUACCUGACAGACCACCCGGACUCCGACAACGUCUUCUUCGGUAUCGCCGACUUCAGUGAGUCCCAGGCCACCUACCGAGGUCUGGACCUCACCGCGGCCCCCAACUUCUGGAUUUUCCCUCCCACCGAAAAGAACAUCCCCAUUGGAGGCGAGCACUACAAGUUUUCCUUCCCCCAGGUCGACAACCUGGAAGUGCCUGCUGGUAACUUCAUUCGAGAGGUCACCGGCAAGGACUUUAAGAUCCACUACCCCUUCCGAUGGGACAAACUGUUCAGCGCCAUUCUGACCAUUGCUGGUGUGGGUGUCGGUCUUGUCGUGUUCAAGAAACAGCUCAAGGUCUUCUUCGCGAAGCGAAACGUGUGGGCCGCAGCAACCCUGGUCCUCAUCCUCAUGUUUGUGGCCGGCCACAUGUACAACAUUAUCCGAAAGACCCAGUACAUUGUUGCUGAUGGCAACAACAACCCCGUGUACUUUGUCGGCGGCUUCUCUCAGCAGAUUGGUGUCGAGACCCAGAUUAUCGCCCUUACCUACGCGCUCUUGGCUUUUUGCGUGAUUUCUCUGGCUCUCCGAGCCCCUUCUCUUAACACUGGAAGCAAGCAGGUUGGUGUCACCCUGGCUCUGUGUAUCGUCAUUCUGGUGGCCUACAGCUUUCUGCUGGCCAAGUUCCACAUCAAGAACGGCGGCUACCCUUACCACCUUCUUAACAUCUUCUAG